AUGCUGGAGCUAUGUGAUCUCAUCUUCGUGCUCGGACUGCUGGCGACGGUUUUUAUCUGCAACCGCACACCAAAGAGGAUGACGCUCGACAAUCUGGAGGUGCCCUCCGUCAAGCGGCUGUCUCUGACAAAUCUUGAGGAAAUCGAUAUCCCGCCUGAUCGUGACCAGCUGGAGAGAUUGCUUCGAUAUGAAAAUCAAACCUGGUUGCCCCAGAUCACGAUCGAGGAGACGUUGACCGAGGGGAAUUGUGGGGACGCACUCGAACGCUUCAACGGAGGCCCGGUGCGACACGUCGACUUCCACGGAACCCUACCGCCGAAGACUGAUAUCCCAAAGAAGGUGACGUUCGGCAACAAGUGCAAGGUGUACAUCGUCUACGAGCACGAUCCGUGUCGCGCCGGCGGGAAAUUAAAUGUGGGUGUGAGCGACAAGAGCGAGCACGACUACCCCGCCGCCAGCUCAUACAGUUGC